UCACCUACAAACCACUACACAAUUGUUUUCUUCUUUGCUCUUUGUUGGUAGUAAAAAUCAUUAACCUUUGUUGGUGGGUUUUCAUUAAAUAUUGUUGUGAGUUCUUCGACAAGAAACAGACAAGGAACAGAUCGACGAUGCGAUUUCUAGCCUUUCCAUUGUCAAGGUGCCAUUUUUAGCUUCUGGGUAAUAUUUUUUUCGUGGAAAGUAAUCAAUGUAUGGUGAUAUAUGUUCCCGUCUGAAUUUACAGUUCGAUUUCCAUUGAAAUUCCUUCCUUUUGAAUUUUGUUGCUGAUGCUUGUCCAUGGACAAAACCUGAUGCUUUCACGUCUCUUGUCAGACCCAAAACGUGGUCCUCCUCAUAAAUCUCCAAGACAGCGAUACUCCUCCCUCCCUCCACAUUCACAUUAACCCCAACUCGGCCUUUCCAACUCAAAGAUUCCAAAAACUGUUGUCCCAGCCAUGGCUGCAGCUCUCGAGUGCUGGUCGAGCCGCACCAGUACCGACGAGGAUAUGGUCGAGCAGGUCCUUAUGCGCAGCCACGACCGGUCUGAAGGGUCUGAAGGAGCAGCACUACAGAGCUCGUGUGCCAACAAGGACCCGCAGCCGUCCUCGGCGAUGCAGAAGAGGCUUCAGCGGUUGAGUCGGAAUGUCUCCGAGGCUAUUGCGUCCCUGAAGAACUCGUUGAAUCUCGAUUCGGCGCGUGAUCCGUCUCAAUCACAGGGUGGAGUCAAGAUGGAGAGGUGUAGGAAGGUUGUUUGGGGCAGUGUUGUACGGAACCUGACGCAGUUGUAUCCGGGUAGUCAGUUACCGGAGAAGCUGGUGUCGAAUGUUAAGAAGCAUUACGAUUCUUUGCCUCUCAGUUAUGCCCAGGCUGGAUUUGAAAUGAAAGAUGUGUUUCUUCACAUAAAAUUGAUAGAGCAAGCUGCGGAAGAGGAUAAUCCAGCAAUAAUGAUACAAGAAGUGUCCGAUGAUGAGGUACAGGGGUGUGUGUUCAAGCUCACAUUUGCUUCUAACUCUUCCGUUUCAUGGUCAGCCAUGUCUGGUGCCUUAGAUAGUGCUUCCAUUUGCUGCAAGAAGAUUCAGAUCUUUGAAAAAAAAGGGUUUACUCUUGGGAUUGUUAGUCUUCUUGUUCAAGCUGGGCAAGAUAAAUUAUUUAAGGCACGGAUUGAAAAUGCACUUAAAUCUGCCAUAAAAAGGCCCAAGACUAACUCUAUGAAGCUCCCUUUUGGGCUUUGUGGGUGCCAAGAAGAGAACACUAAAGGGAGAGAAUUUGGGGAGAUUGAGGAUGAUCUUGGUGAACAAAUUUACAGGAAUGGGAUUGAGAAUCCGAAUGUGAAUAUUCAGCUUGAGAUGCCAUUGCCCACUUCAUCGUUUCUUGUAUCGGUCAAUGAAUGGCAAACAAUUCAAUCAGGUGGAGAUGAGAUUCGGAAAUGGAUUUUGAACUCUGAUGGUCUUGAGUUUGCUGAUCAGGUUGGUCCUUAUUCUUUUAAGGGAGUUUACAAGGGCAAAAGGGUUGGAAUUGAGAAGCUCAAAGGAUGCGAGAAGGGAAAUUUGUAUGAGUUUGAACUUCGGAAGGAUCUUUUGGAGUUGAUGACUUGUGGGCAUAAGAACAUUUUACAGUUUCAUGGGAUCUGCAUCGAUGAAAAUCAUGGAUUGUGUGUGGUCACGAAGCUGAUGGAAGGUGGAUCUCUCAACGACUUGAUGCUGAAGAGCAAGAAGCUUCAGACUAAGGAGAUAAUAAGGAUUGCUGCUGAUGUUGCAGAAGCAAUGAGGUUUAUGAAUGACCACGGCGUUGCAUAUAGAGACCUCAACACCCAGAGAAUUCUUUUGGAUAGGCAUGGCAAUGCUUGCUUGGGGGACAUGGGUAUAGUCACUGCUUGCAAGAGUUUUGGGGAGGCAAUGGAGUAUGAAACAGAUGGUUACCGUUGGCUAGCUCCGGAGAUUAUUGCAGGUGAUCCAGAAAGUGUUACAGAGACAUGGAUGAGUAAUGCAUAUAGUUUUGGGAUGGUCGUUUGGGAGAUGAUGACUGGUGAGGCAGCUUAUGCUGCAUAUUCACCUGUGCAGGCAGCGGUUGGGAUAGCUGCUUGUGGCCUUAGACCUGAGAUCCCAAAGGAUUGCCCACAAAUCCUGAAAACUUUGAUGACCAAAUGCUGGAACAAUUGCCCAUCAAAACGGCCUACAUUUUCUGAAAUUCUGUUAAUUUUAUUGCGGCCAAUCAACAGCAGUAGCCAACUGUAAGUAGUUCCAAAGUGAUAUGCUUGAACCAGCUGAGAAUGCAGAGCAGCACUUCUGAAGGAUCUGCCAACAUUUGCUUACCUUGUGAUAGAAUUCUCUAGGAGCCAUUCCAGUACGGUUUUCUCUCUUGCAAGGAACUUGGCCUACAGGCAGCAACAUGAAGUGAGAAUCCACUCCUUCAAGAAGAGAAUUGUGGAAAUUUAUAAAACAUGGGGAUUUCAUGGAGAAAGUUUAGAUAAACUUUAGAGCUGUCUAAUGUUGAUGCUAAUGAUGGACCAUAUGUCGAAAUAAUAUUGAUCAAGAGGAUAUGGUCGGAGUAGUUCAUUGCACGUAAGGUUUUGUGAACACGGGAGAUCAGGACAGUGAAGGAACUGCUCUUCAGGUAUCAAAUUAUCACUUUAUCAGUGACGACUUUUGGAAGUUUUAGUGAAGACCUUUCUUGUCACCUAAUCCUUUCUGAUUGGCAAAUUCUUGUAAGUAGUUGUAUUUUACGUACUUGUACAUAGCACUUCAGCAACGAUACAAGCAAUAUAUGACAUGAAAUUAAACUUCAGUCAGAUAAUACGUGAGAAACAAGUAGAAUGGUUGGCCUACUUUCUGAUUGACAUAUAAGCAUCAAAUGACCAAUUUCAUGAUGAGGUUCAAUUUGUCAAGAACCUUCUGCCGAGGAGGUGCAAGGCACUGGUCCUAACAAAUCCUCAAGUUUGACUUGGAAAGUAGCAGAUGAAGAUGACGCAUUGGACAUGAUGUCACCUAGAUGAUUGCCUCUGAUAAUUGCUAGUUCUAACACUCCGAAACUAUAUAACAAGGAUACAUAUUACCAGGCGCAGUGUAUCCAUGUCUACCAGCUAGUUUAGACCAAUUAGAUGAGUCCGUCUUGAGAAGAUUAGUUGUGCCAAAGUCCGAAACAUGAGCUUCGUAUUCCAAGUCUAACAAAACAUUUUUGCUUAAUGCUCGAUUAGCCUCGAUGAACAAUUACAAUGGAUCAUGUAGCCUAGUGGUAGAGUUGCAGCGAUGCAACGUAAAGGUCACAUGUUCAAUUCUUGGAAACAGCCUCACCAUAUACUAUAUGGGGGUAAGUUCUGCGUGCAUCCUGUUUGUCCCCGACCUAAUCCACUGUAGAAGCCUUGUGCAGUGGAGUUGUUUACCUUUUAUAGCUCGAUGAACAAUUGACGGUUGAAUCAUCUAGGUAUAAUUACUUGUUUAGGGUUGUAUGUUAGGGUUUUGUUUUAUAUACUUGUUCAUAUAGUGGAUUGAGAGAAGUUGGUCGCUGUUAAGCACAAUGUUUUUUUUACCUUGCUACUUCAUGUCCAAUGGUUUACAUGUAAAAAGUAGAUCUCCUACAAUUGCUUUUAAUUUCUCUGUACGGUGGUUAGUGCUUCCACUUGUAUGAUUGAUUAAUUGAUUGGUUAUGGUAAUUUGAAAAAAUUGGACUCAGUCACUAGGUUAUAUGAUAUGGGAGUAUUUUUGCCUUUGAGUGGUGAUCAUGUCAACUCCGUCUCUCUUUCCGGCAUCAGUAUAUGUCUGAAAUCUGUCAAUUACACUCAGCUCGGACACUGACAGUGCCAUGUCUAAACAGUAUAAUCUUUUGAAGGUGUUGGUCUCUGUCUUGGUCUUGAUCUUGCCAAUGCGCGGUGGACAGUCAAUAGUACUAGAAAAUAUAUGACCUGUGUGGAUGUUGUAUCAUGUAUGAUCCAAUACUAGGUGAUAAUAGGCAUUAGAAGCCAAUUGCACUCUUGUCAUCACUCUCUUUAUUUAAAACUUUACGGUUUUUAUGCAUUGCAGAAGAUUCAACUCAUUUUAGCUUCAUUCUUUUGAUGUAGAUAAGCAGGUACAAAAUUCUUGAGCAUCUUUUAUACCAAAACAUACAUAAUCUGGUCACUGGUGCAGCAAGUUUCACUGUGUCGUCUUUACCUGUCUCAUAUUAUAAAUGUUAAACUUGAAAUCAAAUUUUGAUUUAAAAUUUUUGUUUACCCUUCUACGCAUUAUAUUUUGUUAUAUCUUCAUAUUUUCAUAAUUAUUGUACUUAAGCUUUUGAGAUGGAUAAUG